AUGAGCAUUGAUGUGGCUCAGGAAGUCUGUUUCCUCUUCCAGUCUGGAGUAGGUAUCAUGGGGAACUCCCUUCUCAACAUGUUUUACCUCUCCUCAUUCCUCCUGGGUUCCAAACCAAAGCCCACAGACCUGGUCAUCAUUCACCUAGCUCUGGUCCACACCGUGAUGCUUCUUACCAGGUGGAUCACCAGAACAGCAGGAAUAUUGGGGCUGCGGCUCAUACAGACCAAUGCUGAGUGUGAGCUGUUUGCCUAUGUCUGCCGCAUCACCCGGGGCCUCUCCAUCUGUACUACUUCUCUACUGAGCAUGGUCCAGGCCAUCACCAUCAGUCCUACCACCUCCUACCUGUUCCAGCUUAAGAUUCAGAUCCCAAACUUCAUCCUCCCGGUCUUAGCCAUCUUGUGGAUUCCGAACAUGCUGAUAAGCACCCAACUUUUGUACCAAGUGGUUGCUUCACAUAAUGCAACCACCACUGGGAUCAAUUGUUAUGCUGUGCCCUCAAACACACUCCUCCAGAGGCUGAUUGUCACCUUCAUGGCUCUCCGUGACAUCUUCUCUCUGGGGCUCAUGAGCUGCUCCAGUGGCUUCAUGGUCCUUCUUCUGCACCGACACAGGCUCCAGGUCCAGCAUCUUCAGAGUACCGGCCAGGCUAGUAAAACAUCACCAGAGAGACAAGCCACCAAAAUCAUUAUGCUGCUUGUGAGCUGCUUUGUAGUCUUCUAUUGUGGAGACUUUGUCCUUUCCCUGCUUCUAGGGACAUCCAUGAAGAAUAAUGUCAUCCUCCUGAAUGCAAGCACAUUUGUGGUAAAUGGAUAUGCCACUGUCAGCCCCUUUGUCUUGCUCACCUGUGACACCAGAGUCAUCAAGUUCCUGGGUGAUUUUCUGGGGAAUAAGACCCGAAGGUCUUCUCAGACCAUGCUGCUAUCUGCCAUCCCACUUUGAGAUGGGAACCCAAUGACAAUCCUGUGUCUCAAGCAAGGAAGACCAUG